AUGACGUCAGUUGUGAACACUAUUUUUUUUUUUUUUUCUUGUACUUCUUCUGCAGGUUGCUUUGAGUGCUGCAUCAAAUGUUUAGGCGGGGUGCCGUAUGCGUCACUGGUGGCUACGAUCCUGUGUUUCUCUGGAGUCGCCUUGUUCUGUGGGUGUGGCCACGUCGCCCUCACUGGCACAGUGUCCAUCCUGGAAGCCCACUUUUCCAAAGUCGCCAGUGACCAUGCGAUGCUGACUGACAUCAUACAGCUGAUGCAGUACGCCAUCUAUGGAAUCGCUUCGUUUUUCUUCCUGUACGGGAUCAUUCUGUUGGCCGAGGGCUUCUACACAACCAGUGCAGUGAAGGAGCUGCACAGUGAGUUCAAGACAACCAUCUGUGGACGCUGCAUCAGUGGAAUGUUCGUGUUUCUCACAUACAUUCUGGGUAUUGCCUGGCUUGGCGUGUUUGGCUUCUCUGCUGUGCCGGUCUUCCUGUUCUACAACAUGUGGUCCACUUGUGACGCCAUGAGAUUUCCCACAGUCAACCUCACCAACAUCGACUCCAUUUGUGUAGAUGUUCGUCAGUACGGAAUUAUCCCAUGGAACGCUGUACCCGGAAAGGCCUGUGGGUCCACAUUAAGUGACAUUUGCAAGACCAGUGAGUUCUACCUGUCUUAUCAUCUGUACAUCGUAGCGUGUGCUGGCGCAGGAGCCACCGUGAUUGCUCUGAUCCACUUCCUCAUGAUUCUGUCAGCAAACUGGGCCUACCUUAAGGAUGCCAGUCAAAUGCAUGCCUACCAAGACAUCAAAAUGAAGGAAGAGCGGGAGCUGCAGGACAUCACCUCACGCUCUAAGGAAUGCCUCAAUUCCUACACAUAAGGAUAUUAAACGCUAUCAACCCACACAGACACGAGCCAACAACCACUGUGGCCCCUUCGGACCAAGAACACACUCGGCUCCAAUAACCCGGCAGCUGCCCUGACACUAUGCAGUACUAACACAACUCCUAACAAACUAAUGUUGCUUUCUGCACUAACUAUCCAACAUGUGUGGUGGGGUCAGCUACAUUUUUUUUUUUUUCCUGAAGGAUAUAAGAAAAGCAGUUUUGAUUUCUGCUCCGUGCUUUGGUUUUUCCUCUCGCCCUUUUAUAGCCAGUCUGUGCUGGUGAAGCUUGAGACGUUGCACUACUUUUACAUACGAUUACGAUGACAGUUUGUUUUACAGUCUACAGGAUUGUGUUUGUGGUUUUUUUUUUUUUCUUUUCAAAAUCACAUUCAUAUGACAUACACACAACAUGAAAGGCCUUACAAACAAUCUAACACCUUGUGUCAUUUCUAUAUGACAUCAUAAAGAACCAUCAGUGUCUAUUGCAUCAAGACUGAGAUGGACGUUUAGCUUUGGUUUUAUGGUGAGGAAAACUGCAGUGACAUGUAUACCGUGUAAUAGAUUGCUUGAAACACUUUACAUUUAAAGCACCAUACUUUCUAUUUUGCAUGUUUCAGCCCCACAUGUACAACUUUCAUAUGUUAUAAGGAGCAAUUUUAAAAGUUCCGGUAUGCAAACUUAACAGCAUGAACCUUUAACUGCAUUACUUUUUGAAUUUAAUUUUUUGCAAUAGUUUUACGACUGGUUCUUGAGUAAUAUUCACUGUAAAUCCACUUUAAAACCAUCAUCAUUUUCAUGGCCUCCAUUAACACUACCUCAGGUGUGCACCAGGGCCCACAGACGACCACUUUUCUAUUUGCUGGAGUUUAAAGUUUUCAUUUCAGUCCUAAAAAAUAUAUGUGACACUGUAUACUUUAGAGUAAAUAUACAGUACUGUGCAAAGGCUGAAGCACCUCAGGAUAUUGAGAACAGUGGAAUGUUCGUUGUGUAUUCUUGUUAGGCAGGUCAGCAACAACAAACUUCUAAAUUAAAAUGUU